GGAUGGAUGGAUGGAUGGGUUGAUGGAUGGGGCAGGAACAUGUAAUUGCAAAAGUAUAAGGCAAAAAUAUGUUAGAUAUAUGGAUGAAUGGAUGAUGGCCAGACUUCACCUUCAGUGCCCUGAAGAGUUUUUUUUUUUCAUUUUUUUUUUCAAAUCAUACUUCUGUCAGAGUGUUUGUGUUUACUUAUAGGGAAGUAUAACUCUACAAACACACACACACACACACACACACACACACACACAAUAUCUAUCCAGUAUUUAGUGUGAGAACAGGUAGUGGGAGUCGAGGUUGAAGCAGGCAGUCAUGAGAACCGUCACCUCCAUCAGUUUCUCAGGUACUAUAUCUGUCAUUACACUAAAUCAGAGAGAACUGCACUUUUUACUCUUCAGUAUCACUGAUAAACAACAAUUCAGCAUGAUAACUCUGAAUCGGUCUCUGUCAGCAGUGCUUGGUCUUUCAGCGCUGUGGCUGAUGGAGAACUCACUGGCUCUUUCCGUCACUGGAUCUGUGGGAAGCAAUAUCUCAGUCACCUGCAGAUAUCCUGAAACGUACGAGAAUAACAGCAAGUUCUUCUGCCAGAUGAGCGACUCGUUUGCUCAGAGAGAUCCUCAGUGUGUUCAGACGACCCGGAGAGAGACGAGGUCUGAACAAGGGAGAAUGACUCUUCUGGAUGACACCAGCUCUCAUGUUCUCACAGCUCUCGUCUCUAGACUGGCUCCAGAAGACUCUGGAAAGUACUGGUGUGGUGUAGAUAUCAGUCUGCUGCCUGACUUCACCUCCGAGAUCUGGUUAACAGUCACCAAAGGGGAUCCUCAAGAACAAACCAAAAACCAUUUCCUGGAAGAACGUGGCGAGUCUCACUCCAGGUUCAUGAUGAUGGUGGCUUUGAUGUGUGUUUUCGCUCUGUUUUUCGUGUGUGUGUUUGGUCUGUUUGAAGUCCUCAAGCACAACAGCCGCAGUAACUCAGGUUCUGUUCUCCACCGCACCAGAACAAUAUCAAACUCAAUGCCGGAUGGACACCAGAGAAUAAAUCACCCAGACCCAUUUGAAGCUCAAAGUGAUAAAGAGGAAUUUUACAGACCCACAAACCCAGAUUAUAUAAACACAGAGCCGGUCGACACAGACUCCUACACAGAUGUAGUUUCAGCACAAACACAAGAUCGGAUCGACUCAGAACUGGACACCAGUAGACAGAGUCACGUGUAUCAGAGUCUCACAGCGGAUUCAGUUCAAGAGUCGAUCUAUCACACCAUUGCUCAAACGCCUGACUCAACACUGAAGCCUCUUCAACAGCCAUCUGGAGAUGGUAUUUUGCUUAUUAAAUAAAAUACAGAAAUCAUUCUCAUUUGAUUUGGGUAUAGUUCUGUGAUACGGUAACUGCCUAAUAAGUUAUUGAGUUUUACUAUUUUGUUUAUUGUCUUCACUUUGCUGUCUGUAUUGCAUUUGCACCUGAUCUUGCUCAGUAAACAUAUAUAAACAUUUUUUUUCUCUGAAAACAAGUUUUAUUAGCUUUUGCUGUUUUGCUUCACAUUAAUUAAUCUUGU